AUGAUCCCAGAAAAUCAGGAAAAAAGGAAGGUUCAGACAUUGGAAGCCAUCAAGGGUAGUGGGGGCUCUAUUAAAGUUGGAACAACUGGUACUAUCAGUGCUUUGAUGUCAAGAGAAUUAGAUUCUAAGAAACUUUCUCCUCAGGCACCGGUUUCAUGUAGAAGUCGGUCUCCUACUGUUUGUUCUUUCAUUGCUGGCAGAGCGACCAGUCCCGAAAGAGUGAAGCCAAGAACAUCGAGUGACGAAGCAAGCAGCAGCGGGAUGUCUGAGGGCAAAAAGAAAAGCCUUGAAAUUGCCAGGAAAACAAAACACUCCGGUCGAAAAACUCAUCAAAUCCCAAUACUAGAAUCAGAAAAUAUUUCCUUAGAUAGAACACCUGUUAGGCAGAAACCUGAAAGAAAGGGACAUCACAUAGUGGAAAUUGUGGACAUAAAUUGUGGGGAUGUUGACAUAACUUGGGCAGGCCCUAUAAAGAAUCGCCUGAAGAAGCUUGGUUUCUCAAAGCUAUCAGAGAGCCCUGUCUAG